AUGUCUCAAAACACUCCAGGAGCUGUCCAGGGAGCCCUCGCCAGCCUAUAUGGUUUUCUAAAUGCAGACUGCGAGUUCACAGGAAAGCGUGUGGGAAUAAUCGUUCUUGAGUUCAUGAUAUAUAAAAGGAAAUUAGAAUUUGACGCUGAGAAUAAAUCCUCAGACAAAAAAUCCUCAAUUGGUAAAUCCUCAUUUAACAAAUCCUCAUUUAACAAAUCCUCAUUUAACAAAUCCCCAAUUAACAAAUCCUCAAUUAACAAAUCCCCAAUUAACAAAUCCCCAAUUAACAAAUCCCCAAUUAACAAAUCCUCAGUUAACAAAUCCCCAAUUAACAAAUCCCCAAUUAACAAAUCCCCAAUUAACAAAUCCCCAAUUAACAAAUCCCCAAUUAACAAAUCCUCAGUUAACAAAUCCUCAUUUAACAAAUCCCCAAUUAACAAAUCCCCAAUUAACAAAUCCCCAAUUAACAAAUCCUCAGUUAACAAAUCCCCAAUUAACAAAUCCUCAUUUAACAAAUCCCCAAUUAACAAAUCCCCAAUUAACAAAUCCCCAAUUAACAAAUCCUCAUUUAACAAAUCCCCAAUUAACAAAUCCUCAGUUAACAAAUCCUCAUUUAACAAAUCCCCAAUUAACAAAUCCCCAAUUAACAAAUCCCCAAUUAACAAAUCCCCAAUUAACAAAUCCUCAUUUAACAAAUCCCCAAUUAACAAAUCCUCAGUUAACAAAUCCUCAUUUAACAAAUCCCAUUAA